AUGGCUCCUUACGAAGCUUUGUAUGGUAAGAAAUACCAAUCUCUGAUCUGUUGGGUUGAGGUAGGUGAUAGACCGUUGUUGAGACCAGAACUUGUGCAAGAAACAACUAAGAAAGUGAAACUAAUUCAACAACACCUAAGAACUGCUCAGAGCCGUCAAAAGAGUUAUGUGGAUGUCCGGAGAAGAGAUAGGGAAUAUGAAAUUGAUGAUCAUUUGUUCAUAAAAGUAACUCCAAUGAAAGGUCAGACGCGAUUUAAGGUGAAAGACAAGUUGGCACCAAGAUAUGUUGGGCCAUAUGAAAUGCUCGAGAAGAUCAAUUUAGUAACAUACCGAGUAGCCUUACCUCCGAUGAUGGAGCAUAUACACAACAUUUUUCAUGUUUCAAUGCUGCGAGAUUACUUACGAGACCCACUCCAUGUGAUAGAACCGACUUAUGUGCUUCUGAAAGAUGAUUAUACGUAUGAAGAGAGGCCAAUACAGAUCGUUAACUACAGAAUCAAAAGAUCGAGGAACAAGGAAAUUCCCUCAGUGAAAGUUGACUAG